AUGUUCGCUUCCCACACCAUCAUUGGCGUCGUCGCCAGCCUCGCCAUGAUCGCGGCCCCCGUCUCUGCCGCCCGCACCUGGGCCGGCGGCGUCGACAUGAACGCAGCUUGCUCUAGCCAGUGGGGUGUAUCGUUCCAUGCUGCAAACGACUCGGGAGACAAUGACAGCAACAGUGCCUACAACUGGUACUGCACGAACGGUAGCGAGCGAAGGAACAUUGACGUCGGUGCCUUCUGCGCCGGGAGAUACGGCAACGGCGCCUACGCUGACCCCCAGGGCAAGAAGAAGUACGACUGGGGCUGCUACUACCCCUAA